UGCGACAAUACACUGCAUACUCGCCGCGACUCUCGACAUGCGCAGGUAGAGCUCACUACCACCCGCCAGAAUGUGGCUGGACCGCUUCUCGACCCCCAGCGGCACGCCUCCGCCCCAAGGCCGACCCUAUUCACCUGCACCACGACGCCCCUAUAACCCAGCCGGACCCGGACCUCUUCCCCAACGGCCAGGGCUCCCGGAUCGCACAUCGUCGCUGUCUCUCGUCUCUCCCAAUUCGUCGACCACCAGCCUCCCAGCCGGUGCACGUGGCCCCAAUGGCGCAGGCCGCAGGAGACAGCCGCCUCCCAACGUGUCAGAUCCGCUGCAGGUGCUCGAAGGCAUACUCGGGGCCCCUCCACGGAGGCCGGUGCUUAGCAAAGGAAACGGUUCAGCGAGUGUGCCACCGCAGAAGCCGGCCGAGUUGGUCGACGACAUAGACUUUGGAGGGCUGAGUCUGCACGAGUUCGCACAGGAGACGACGGCGCAGGAACUGGCACCUGUACACACAUAUAGCGCGCAAUCAGUUGAAGAAUAUGACAAAGAGAAAGACAAGUUCGAGGACUUGCACCGGUCGAUCCUGGCCUGCGACGAGGUGCUCAAGUCUGUCGAGAUGUACCUCACCAACUUCCAAUCCGACCUCGGGGCUGUUUCCGCUGAAAUUGAGACCUUACAAUCACGGUCUACGGCAUUAAAUACGAAACUCGAGAACCGUAAAGUGGUCGAGAAGCUGCUGGGGCCUGCUGUGGAGGACAUAAGCAUAUCGCCUGCUGUUGUCAAGAAGAUAUCGGAUGGUCCCAUCGACGACGGUUUCCUGCGAGCUUUGAACGAGUUGGAGAAGCGUUCAAAGAGCAUCAACACCAAAGCCAAGGAGAACACCAGCAUUAAGGCGCUUGAAGACGUGAAACCAAUGUUGGACGACUUGACAAACAAGGCUGUGGAGCGUAUAAGAGACUACAUUGUGGCUCAAAUAAAGGCCAUUCGAUCGCCAAGCAUCAACGCACAGAUCAUUCAGCAGCAAGCCUUCAUCAAAUACAGAGACCUGUUCACCUUCCUGGCUAAACACCAGCCACAACUCGCCGAGGAGAUUGGCAAGGCGUACGUAUUUACAAUGCGCUGGUACUACCUGAAUCACUUCUCCAGGUAUCAAAAAGCCCUAGAAAAGCUCAAAAUUCAUGCACUGGAUGAAUACGACGUCCUAGGACAGGAAAAAACCGUCAAGCGAGGUGCACUCUUGGGCAACGCAAGAGGUGCUCCUGCAGCCUACGACGCUUUCUCGAUUGGACGAAGAAUCGACCUUCUGAAGAACCCAUCUCACUCUGCUUUAACAGCGUACGUGGCUGAAGAGGAGAAGGCAACGCACUAUCUUGAAGUGCCUUUUCAGGCGUUCAACCUCGCGCUCAUCGACAAUGCCUCGUUUGAGUAUACCUUCUUAACGACGUACUUUGGCCCAGUCCAGAAUUAUCACUCCAUCUCCCGUACAUUCAUGUCUAUUUUUGAGCCAACUUUCGCGCUUGGUCAGGCCCUUACGAAGCAACUCAUCGAGACCACUACCGAUGGCCUCGGUAUUCUCCUCUGUGUUCGUCUCAACCAGCAUUUUGCCUUCGAAAUGCAACGACGCAAGGUUCCUACUGUAGAAGGGUAUAUCAACGCAACAAACAUGCUGUUGUGGCCACGCUUCCAGCUCGUGAUCGAUCAGCACUGCGAGUCGCUGCGACGACUGACGGCCUCACUGCCCAACCGAGCUGCUUCUUCCGCAUCCAUACUCACCUCGUCAUCUACUUCUCAGUCCACAGCUCCCCAUCCCAUGACUCAGAAGUUCGCAAAUUUGCUGCAAAGCAUACUCUCACUCAGCUCGGAAGCUGGCGACGAUGAACCGGUCUCGAAUAGUCUGGGUCGCUUGCGAAGUGACUUUGAAGCCUACUUGACACGAUUAAGCAAAGGGAUUUCAGAACAGAGGAAACGGGAGCGAUUUUUGUGCAACAACUAUAGUCUGGUCUACACAAUCCUAGCAGAUACAGAUGGCAGGCUGGCAGAGGAGACGAAAGAGCACUUUGAAACUUUGCGGGAUACAUUCGACAAUUAGCAUGGAGUUCUGUAUUUAUUUUCGUCCCAUGGCUGAUGAUGAAACAGAGUUUGGAGCGCUAAGCGCGGCAUCUGGAUAGGCGUUUGAAUCUAUUAGUAAUGAUUUAUUUGCAUCAAAGAGCAUGUUUGCCCUACCAAUGUCCCUCCAUAGUGACAAAUCCCAUCAAGGCAUCUACCAUGAG